UUAGACGCUGUGAAGCAGGAGGCACUUGGGAUCGUCCGCAAGGUUGGGACUGUUACAGAGGCCGCCACGGAGCCCGCCGGAGCCACCGUUCCUACUGCUGCUGCCGCCGCUGCCCGAAUCGGAACCAUCGGGCCGCAGCCGCCGGCAAUGCCGCGAAGGAAGAGGAAUGCAGGCAGUAGUUCAGAUGGAACCGAAGAUUCCGAUUUUUCUACAGAUCUCGAGCACACAGACAGUUCAGAGAGCGAUGGCACAUCCCGGCGGUCUGCUCGCAUCACCCGCUCCUCAGCCCGGCUGAGCCAGAGUUCCCAAGAUUCCAGCCCUGUUAGAAAUUUGCAGUCUUUUGGCACUGAGGAGCCUGCUUAUUCUACCCGAAGAGUGACCCGUAGUCAGCAGCAGCCCACCCCAGUGACUCCGAAAAAAUACCCACUUCGGCAGACUCGUUCAUCUGGCUCAGAAACUGAGCAAGUGGUUGACUUUUCAGAUAGAGAAACUAAAAAUACAGCUGAUCAUGACGAAUCUCCACCUCGAACUCCAACUGGAAAUGCACCUUCUUCUGAGUCUGACAUUGACAUCUCCAGCCCGAAUGUGUCUCAUGAUGAGAGCAUUGCCAAGGACAUGUCCCUGAAGGACUCGGGCAGCGAUCUUUCUCAUCGCCCCAAGCGCCGUCGCUUUCAUGAAAGCUACAAUUUCAAUAUGAAGUGUCCUACGCCAGGCUGUAACUCACUAGGACACCUUACAGGAAAACAUGAGAGACAUUUCUCCAUCUCAGGAUGCCCGCUCUAUCAUAACCUCUCAGCUGAUGAAUGCAAGGUGAGAGCACAGAGCCGGGAUAAGCAGAUAGAAGAAAGGAUGCUGUCCCACAGGCAAGAUGACAACAACAGGCAUGCAACCAGGCACCAGGCACCAACAGAGAGGCAGCUUCGUUAUAAGGAGAAGGUGGCAGAACUCAGGAAGAAAAGGAAUUCUGGGCUGAGCAAAGAACAGAAAGAGAAAUACAUGGAACACAGACAGACCUAUGGGAACACUCGGGAACCUCUCUUGGAAAACCUGACUAGCGAGUACGACUUGGAUCUUUUCCGAAGAGCACAAGCCCGGGCUUCAGAGGAUUUGGAGAAGUUAAGGCUGCAAGGCCAGAUCACAGAGGGGAGCAACAUGAUUAAAACAAUUGCUUUUGGUCGUUAUGAGCUUGAUACUUGGUACCAUUCUCCCUAUCCUGAAGAAUAUGCACGACUGGGUCGUCUCUACAUGUGUGAAUUCUGUUUAAAAUACAUGAAGAGCCAAACAAUUCUCCGCCGACACAUGGCCAAGUGUGUGUGGAAACACCCACCUGGUGAUGAGAUAUAUCGCAAAGGCUCAAUCUCUGUGUUUGAAGUAGAUGGCAAGAAAAACAAGAUCUACUGCCAAAACCUGUGCCUGUUGGCUAAGCUUUUUCUGGACCAUAAGACAUUAUAUUAUGAUGUGGAACCCUUCCUGUUCUAUGUUAUGACAGAAGCGGACAACACUGGCUGUCACCUGAUUGGAUAUUUUUCCAAGGAAAAGAAUUCAUUCCUCAACUACAAUGUAUCCUGUAUCCUCACCAUGCCUCAGUACAUGAGACAGGGCUAUGGCAAGAUGCUCAUUGAUUUCAGUUAUUUGCUUUCCAAAGUAGAAGAAAAAGUUGGCUCCCCAGAACGUCCACUCUCAGAUCUGGGGCUCAUAAGCUAUCGCAGUUACUGGAAAGAAGUGCUUCUCCGUUACCUGCAUAAUUUCCAAGGCAAAGAAAUUUCUAUCAAAGAAAUUAGCCAGGAGACAGCUGUGAAUCCUGUGGACAUUGUCAGUACUCUGCAAGCUCUUCAGAUGCUCAAGUAUUGGAAAGGAAAGCACCUAGUUUUAAAGAGACAGGACCUGAUUGAUGAGUGGAUAGCCAAAGAGGCCAAAAGAUCCAACACCAAUAAGACCAUGGAUCCAAGCUGUUUAAAAUGGACCCCUCCCAAGGGUACUUAAAGGGACCUGGUACUCUGAGCCAGCAAACCCCAGCAGUAGGAAUCUGUACCCUAGGGAUCUGUCUGUCAUUUCUGUUGCUCUUGUGAUUGGCAAGUACAGUAUCCUAUGGGAAGGCCAUCCCCUCAGGACUGUCCUGGCUCUGACCUUCAUGUACACUGCAAACGCUGGUUCUGAGGAACUGUUGUUUCGGCCUCAGUGAGGUUGCCUGGAUGGGACCUAUAGUAGACUUGAGUGCAGGUCCCGUAUAGCACUGGCCCAGGUGUUCUGUUUGGUACUGUACCUGUCCAGUCACUGGUUCUCUCCUCGUGUUCUCUAGCCCCAUGAGGUUGUGUUGUGUCUCCUAGACUUUGUAAUAGUGCUUCUUUCUGCCAGGUCACCAGACCUCCAAAUACGGUUGCCACUACCAGGACCUUUGUAGUUGUUUCCUACAUGUGCUUUUGGAGGGGCAGGGAAGAGGUCACACUCUGAGUGUGUGUGUACUGGGAGGGGCCAGUUCCCUUUGGAUGUCAUCUCACUUCACAUUUUUUUCCUCCACUUCAUUGAAAGACCAGUUUUUGAUCAGUGUCAGGUUGACCAGAGCCAAAUACUUAUGAAAGUGCCCAGGCCCCGGGGAUUAGUCUUGGUAAUAGCACAUAAUCUGUCUGAAUGAGGUGGAGAGAAGAAUUACAAGGUUGUGAUUGUGCGUUUUGAUUUGGGUUCACCUGCGGGCAGUGGGCAGUGUCUUGGUGGAAGGAAAUGAAUUCUUUUUGUCUCACUAGAGAGUGCCCGAUAGUAACCGUUUUCUUCUCUCCCAACUCCCUGCCCCUUUUUACAUUUGCAGGUGCCAAAAUAAUUUCCAGUUCUCCCUUUCAUGCUGCAUGUUAACUGGUUAAUAAUACUGCAGAAACCUUUUCACCAGUACCAGUCUGAUAGAACCCACCUAUACCUCCACAUAAGUUGCAUUGAUUUUUGUCUGAACCUCCUCAGAGAAGUAGAAAAUGCUUGGAAAUGACUUCUGUAUCUCAGCCCAUGACUCAGCAAGGCAGAACGGCCACCCCUGCCAAGGUUUGCUUCUCGUACCAGUGCCUCCCCCUCCCUGCAGGACUAACAUGCUGCUGCCCUUCCGACAACUCCUCCUCCAUUUCCUCUUUGGGAUUUGCCACCAUCCCCCUAUCUCUAGUCACCUAUUUUUGGUGGUGUUCAAGAGAAGGAAGAGAUGCUCCCUCUAAUUUCUCUCUGGCCCAUUCUAACCUGCUAUCUUGGGGCAGCUUUUGAUGUAUGACAUGUCGCCCUUCCCAACGUGGUCUCCUACAGCACCGCUGUCUUCAUGUGGAGCCCUCACCACAAUCCCGACUCUGGUCAUUUGUGCCUUUCUCUUGUCAUCUCUGUACACUACUUAUAUUCACUGUGGGCUGGGGGGAGCUAAUUUUAAGCAUGUUAAGUGGCUGCUCCCUGCCAGUUUCAGUGUCACUGUUAAAAUUUAUCCAAAAGCAACUUCAUUGGGGGUUUUCUUGAGGGGUGAAGGCCUUUUACAGAAGCCAGCCCUUCCCCACAUGUGAUAGAAGUGCUGUCCUAGAGCUACUCCUCAAUAAAGCAUGUUCUCUGCUCAA